CUGGAUUGUAGCAGAGAGAGCCCCCCCUCAGCCUGUUAGCCCCCCACCAUGGACGUCAAGCUGCUGGCUCUGAUGGCUCUGCUGGCCGUGGCCACACAAGUACCAGCCUCCAACGCGAAGCCCAUCAGUCUGGUGGAGCGGUGCUGGUGUCGGUCGACCCUCAACACGGUUCCUCAGCGCUCCAUCAAAGAGCUCAAGUUCCUCCACACACCCAACUGCCCCUUCCAAGUCAUUGCCAAGCUGAAGAACAACAGGGAAGUUUGCAUCAACCCGGAGACCAAGUGGCUGCAGCAGUACUUAAAGAACGCCAUUAACAAGGUGAAGAAAUCUAGAAGACGCAAUGGCAAGAAAAACUAAACACAAGGGAAGACGUGCAGGUCGUCAGGCCUGGCCCCCCCCCCGGGUGGAACCUGUAUACCUCCCUCACUGCUAUGGAUGUAUCCAAACACGCUGUAUGUACCCGUCCACCUGUCUGGACCGCUUGCAAAACCAGCCCUUCAUCCCCAGACUGUGCCCCCCAGCACCGCCACCGACCCCCCCCACACCCACCCUAGACUCUCAAUGUUAGCACCAUGUGCCAUUAUACCUCCAGUGACGGGAUAGAGAGCACGCGCGUGUGUUUGAAUGUGCAACAUAUUAACUAACUGAUUGUGUCAUUUAGUAUUUUCUUAUUUCACACAAAGUGAAACUAUUUGAGCUUUUUGCCUCAAAACACGUUGUUCUUAAUGCCACCUUUGUCACGUCAGAUAAAAACAUUCACAUCAGUCUUCCAGAAGGAAUUACAUUUGGGAUUUUGUUGGCUGGUUAUGUCUUAUUAAUUAUACAAACACCUCCCGUGUAUACCACUUUUCAAAAGGACUAAAUACUAUUUCAAUGGACUAUCCCAGACUGAAAUGUAAAAGUUUCCUCUGAAGUGAAAGUGGCAUUACUCCAUGGCUAGAAGGUCAUGGGGCAGUAACAGACGCUUGCCAAUAGCGUUAAGCCUUCACUCUUACUGACCAAUCAGGGCAGGCCGUGCAGGCCAACAGAGUCUUUAAAGUCUUCCAGCUUCCUCCACCAUGGACGCUCACACACGCUGCCUAAAAACAAGCACUGAUCUUGUGGUGCUAUAUAUUCCAUAUGACGGGGGCCGAAGCCAUAGAUAUAAUUAUAUUUCACUGUUUGUUUUAUGCAAGAUUUAUGAUGGGAUGUUGUGACCUCUAUGUCUUUUUUACCAUCACAACGUGCUGUCGUUGGAGUCUGACGAGGCACAUGAAAUGGAAAGCUGAUGUUGUGCUCAGGCCAUAAUCUACUGUUAAAGACUAUACAACUAAUACUUAUGAAUGCAGCUUUUUUGUUUUUGAACAUAUCAUUUAACAGAGACCAAAUAUUUAAAGACAGUAAAACGUGCAACAUGAAGAAACCUGUGAACCUCAAAAAGCAUGGCCAUCUAUUUCAUUUUAUUAUUAGAAAGAUUGUCAUAAUUGUUUUUACACCUUAUCAAAUGGACUUUAGUUAGAUGUAUAAAUGCCAACGAGCAUACCACAGCAGUAUUUCCAUACCAACACCUGUCCUUGGUAGGAAAUGGGAAGCUUAUAAAUGGUCGGCCGAAUGAUAAAUGUCAGAAAGGGAAAGUUCACGUUGGCAAAAGAAAGUGUUUGAUCAUGUUUUCUAUAUAUGUAUUUGAGCCACUUUAUUAUCAGAUGUCUCUUUUAAAUGUAAUUGUUUUAUUUUUAUAUUGUGUAUAAUCUUACUAAAUGCUAUUUGAAUACAAUGUACAGUAGGCAGUAGCUACUUAAUGAAGGCUAGUCCAGUGCAAGAACCAGUGUUAAACAUAUUUUUUAAGGUUUUAGGCAAUAAUUCAUAAAGGUAUAUUGAUGUUACUACACAGUAUGAGAGACUAAAAUACAAUUUCUAAUAUUUUUUACAAUGUGGAUAAAAAUAAUUAGCAAAGAAAUCACAUAUCGUCCUCCUGGUUUGUUGUUCUCCGUUUCCUUAUCAACCGAUCUGCUAUGUAACAGCUGAAUAAAGUUCAACUGAGAGCGAUUGAAAACAAAAAGCCACUGUCAUUGUGUUACACGAGUCAGGAAGUCAUUCAGCCCACCGGUCGACCCCCUGAACACUUGAUUUGAUUUUUAUAGAUUUACUGAGGUUGAUGAAUUAUGUGACAAUAGGGCCACUGAGCCAAAACAGAACAUAUAAUUUCAGUUGAAAUUCAAGCGACCGACAUGUGCUUCCAAUCUGGACACUCCCCGCUCCCCAUGGGCUUUCUUUUCCCUUUCACUCAACUGCUGCCAUACCGAACAUUUCCCCCCUCUUAAACUGUAAUGUAAGCCCUGUUGGUUUUGGUCAUUUCUCUGUUCUUUGUUUUGUUUUGUUCUUUCGGGUCUAUUUGCUGUGAGUGCCUGAUCACAGGUGAUACUCAUAUCAAUUUGCAGCUAAUGGUGCAAUAAUAAAUGUAGUUCAAUUACCAUUAUUGUAAUAGGAGGUAAUGGAGAUUUUAUAUUAUUAUACUCAUUUGUUUAAACACAUUGCCGUAUAAAAUAACACUGUUCCAGUUUCCAAAUGCACUGAUAUGCAAUGAUAAACUUCUAAUUUGAUUCAUUGUGCAAUUUCUGGACAAAACACCACCCAUUACCAAAUUACUUUAUUAACUAUAGAGUUAUAUUUUGAAAGAAUGUUGUGUACUUUUUAAACUUCAAUCUUUUUUAAUCUAAUAUGCGAUUAUUAUCUCUAUAACAGGAGAAGGAUAUUGCAUUACAGUACAUGUGGAAACACUUUAUUAACCACACUGUUAGAACUUGUUUUUAACAUUAGUGAUAUUAAUCAGACUAUAAGUGCUUUCAUGUUUAGUAUUGUGGCCCCACAUAUUCAAUGUGAUUAUGAGUAAGACAUCUUCAUCACUGUGCAAAAAGAGCUUUUCAAUAAGUUUGUGUGUGUAUUAUUUGAACCAAAAUACACAAUCUGGUUCACAUUUACUUAACUAUGGUGCAUUAAUUAUCAAAGUGGGUGCAUGUGUUCCACUUUGGACCCCGAGAGAAUGUGAAAUAUUUCUUUUGAGGCAGCUUCUGACAUAUGUUCUUUAUAUUCGUGAGAUUUAUUGGAGUAUUAUUCUCUGUAUUGUCACUGUUUGUAAACUGAGAGGCAGUAUUUUAGCUAUGAUACUCAAGCCCUUUUUCAAUAAAGUCAUAUGAAGUCAAAUCA